GCUUAAUAACCAUUGUAGUUUCCGGAAUUAUCGUACACUCGAAAUUAUCAUUUAAGUACCGACAAUAUAUUACACAUACGAAUGUAAAGAAAACAAAAAAACACGUUUCCUGAAACACCAGAUGGUGGCCGGCGUCAGCAACCUGGGUGAUGCGUUAGUGCAGGCCAACGCCAAAGGAUUUCCGGCAGGGCUGCUGUACAGCGUGGCUGGAUUGCAGGGCCGUUCGGACAACGACAAGGCAAUGCUGGCAGCGGCCUUGGAAUCGCCGAAGGUGCAGCAGGACGCGCGGAAGGCAGCCGUCGAGUACGCGGUCAAGGACCUGCCGACGAGCCGCGAAAACACGGAAGGAUACUGCUCGUACUCCUGGCUGAGAUGGUUGCCGUUCAUGGACUGCGAGGCGGCGGUCACCGAGGUCCGACAGGCCAUUCAACUGAUCAACAACAAGCGGAACUGUAUCCGGUGAACAAGCGUCGAUCGCACAAAAUGGCAAGGCCACGUCAACACGAUUAUAAUAAAAAAAUGUUUAAAAACGAACUUUUUGGCACAAUUGUUUAUUUUUUUAAAUAAUAAAAAAUUUAUUUAUUUACACAAAAUAUGAUAAUAUAUAUGUAUAUUUGUAUUUUAUUUAAUGAUAUAAAAAUAUCAGUCAUUGUCAAUAAAAACGUACAACACAGAACAGAAUAUUAUGUUGAACCGGUCGUAAAAUAUAAUAAUACUAUAGGCCCACAACUAUUUUUUGUACACCCAGUACAAGGAAUAACUAACAAUACAUUUUUACAUAAUAUUAUACGUAUUACUUAAAACAACGUAAGUAUUAAAUGCUAUUUAGCUAUACGACGUGGAUGGUUUAUUAAGGAAAAUUAAAACAAACAAAAAUUAAAUCAGGAAAACAAUUUGUUCACAUAAAACAGAACGUAAAAUGUACCUAUUCCAAUUUUAAUAAAUUAUAAUACUAUUUAUUCGAUGUACAACUUUCUAUGGCUAGAAAUAAUAAAACAAAAUCUUUAAACUAUGUAAAACAAACAAAAAUGUCAGGUCGAUGCGUUACGCGAAAUCGGUAUAACAAAGACGGAAUUCGAUAGCG